GAAACUCAUGAUGUGAGAGGUUCUGUCCUUAAAGAAGACCAGGGUUUUAUAAAGCGACAUGGAUGCAGACGGCCUGCCUCUCGUAGGUCCCGGGGUGGACUACACUAAGGUGGAAGCAAUUCAUCAGAAGCGAACAUUAGCUUUCCUGAACCAUUUUGUGAGCCACACUGCCAGCUUUCUCAACCGAUUUUCCUGUGUAUGUGAAGAGAAACUUGAUCACAUGUCCAGUCGCCUGCAGCAGCUGGAAAUAACUAUGAAUAUUUUAGAAGCGAAGUUGACAUCAAUACCUGGGCUAGAGAAUGUUACAGCCCCAUCUAGUGAAGCUACAAGAACAACAGAUACUCCACAAACUACCCCGCAAUCCAACAUUCCUGCUGCCCCGCAAGCUACAGGUGACCAGCAAGGUGUUCCCCAACAGCUAGAUGUUCCUGAUGCUGACCCAGUAGAAGAACAGGUAGCAGAUAAUCCUGUAUCAAAGGAUCCUCGCUAUGCAAAGUAUUUUAAGAUGCUACAAGUGGGAGUACCAGAAGGAGCAAUUAGGCCUAAAAUGAAGAUGGAUGGACUUGACCCAGACUUUCUAAGCACACCUGAUGCCCCAGCGCCACCUAUGUCUACCAAGAAAAAGGAUGAAAGUGAUGAUGACUUCAGUGAUGAAAGCGAAAGUGAUAGUUUCAGUGAUUGAAGUGAUUGAAUAUUUACGCUGGAUAUUGUGAUAAUCCUGCAAACAAUGCAAGCAGUCUUCAUCAUCCUUGAGUUCAUGUCUGUGAAAAUCACUGUGAAAUCUAAAUGAUAGAGCAUGGAAAAAUUGUGAACCAUAUGUGAUAGAUUGGCUAAUAAUGUGCAUCACCAGUAAUACAGAUUGGCUAAUAAUGUGAAUCACCAGUGACACAGAUUGGCUCAUAAUGUGCAUCAGCAGUAAUACAGAUUGGCUAAUAAUUUGAAUUACCAGUGAUACAGAUUGGCUAAUAAUGUGAAUCACCAGUGAUACAGAUUGGCGAAUAAUGUGAAUUACCAGUGAUGAUACAGAUUGGGUAAUCAUGUGAAUUACCAGUGAUACAGAUUGGCUAAUAAUGUGCGUCACCAGUGAUACAGAUUGGGUAAUCAUGUGAAUUACCAGUGAUACAGAUUGGCUAAUAAUGUGCAUCACCAGUGAUACAGAUUGGCUAAUAAUGUGAAUUACCAGUAAUACAGAUUGGCUAAUAAUGUGCAUCACCAGCUACACAGAUUGGGUAAUCAUGUGAAUCACCAGUGAUACAGAUUGGCUAAUAAUUUGAAUUACCAAUAAUACAGAUUGGCUAAUAAUGUGCAUCACCAGUGAUACAGAUUGGCUAAUAAUGUGAAUUACCAGUAAUACAGAUUGGCUAAUAAUGUGCAUCACCAGCUACACAGAUUGGGUAAUCAUGUGAAUCACCAGUGAUACAGAUUGGCUAAUAAUUUGAAUUACCAGUAAUACAGAUUUGCUAAUAAUGUGAAUCACCAGUGACACAGAUUGGCUAAUAAUGUGCAUCAGCAGUAAUACAGAUUGGCGAAUAAUGUGAAUUACCAGUAAUACAGAUUGGCUAAUAAUGUGCAUCACCAGUGUUAUAUAUUGGCGAAUAAUGUGAAAUACCAGUAAUACAGAUUGGCUAAUAAUGUGAAUCACCAGUGAUACAGAUUGGCGAAUAAUGUGAAUUACCAGUGAUACAGAUUAGUCAGUCAUGUGAAUUAUUAGUGAUAAAGAUUGGCUAAUAAUGUGAAUCACCAGUUAUACAGAUUAGUCAGUCAUGUGAAUCACCAGUGAUACAGAUUAGUCAGUCAUGUGAAUCACCAUUGAUACAGAUUUGUUAAUCAUGUAAAUCACCAGUGAUACAGAUUAGUCAGUCAUGUGAAUCACCAGUGAUACAGAUUGGCUUAUCAUGUGAAUCACCAGUGAUACAGAUUUGCUAAUCGUGUGAAUCACCAGUGACACAGAUUAGGCAGUCAUGUGAAUCACCAGUGAUACAGAUUAGCUAAUCAUGUGAAUCACCAGUGAUACAGAUUAGUCAGUCGUGUGAAUCACCAGUGAUACAGAAUGGCUUAUCAUGUGAAUCACCAGUGAUACAGAUUGGCUUAUCAUGUGAAUCACCAGUGAUACAGAUUUACUAAUCAUGUGAAUCACCAGUGACACAGAUUAGUCAGUCAUGUGAAUCACCAGUGAUACAGAUUGGCUUAUCAUGUGAAUCACCAGUGAUACAGAUUGGCUUAUCAUGUGAAUCACCAGUGAUACAGAUAAGCUAAUCAUGUGAAUCACCAGUGAUACAGAUUAGUCAGUCCUGUGAAUCACCAGUGACACAGAUUAGUCAGUCAUGUGAAUCACCAGUGAUACAGAUUGGCUAAUAAUGUGAAUCACCAGUGAUACAGAUUGGCUUAUCAUGUGAAUCACCAGUGAUACAGAUUGGCUUAUCAUGUGAAUCACCAGUGACACAGAUUAGUCAGUCAUGUGAAUCACCAGUGAUACAGAUAAGCUAAUAAUGUGAAUCACCAGUGAUACAGAUUAGUCAGUCGUGUGAAUCACCAGUGAUACAGAAUGGCUUAUUAUGUGAAUCACCAGUGAUACAGAUUGGCUAAUCAUGUGAAUCACCAGUGAUACAGAUUGGCUUAUCAUGUGAAUCACCAGUGAUACAGAUUAGUCAGUCUUGUGAAUCACCAGUGAUACAGAUAAGCUAAUCAUGUGAAUCACCAGUGAUGAAGAUUAGUCAGUCAUGUGAAUCACCAGUGAUACAGAUAAGCUAAUAAUGUGAAUCACCAGUGAUACAGAUUAGCUAAUCAUGUGAAUCACCAGUGAUACAGAUUAGCUAAUCAUGUGAAUCACCAGUGAUACAGAUUAUUCAGUUGUGUCAGUGAUAUAUGCUACAGUCAUUUAGUGCAAUAUGUAAGUUGGUAUCAAGACGUUUGAUGGAUGUGUAUUAAAUUCAUCUAAACAAAGCUUAAGAAGCAGAUCACAGGUUAAAUUAAUUUGUAUAUUUUGAAAAAUAUGUAAAUGUACAUUUUAAAUAAAACCUGAAGUUGUUAAAUAUGGUUAUACAUAUUAUUUGGAAACAUGACAUUGCUUAUAUUGAUUCACCAGGAUCAAAAGGCUGAUGUCAUCAAUAAAGCAGUUUAUUUUCCUUUUCCACCCCUACCACCAAUCGAAGUGGGGAGGGAGCGGCUUAGGUUUUGCUCUGUUUCUUAUUAAGUCGCCCUAAGCAAGUCGGAAGGACUUAAUGUUCUGCUUUGUUAUUAUCAUUAUAUACAAAUUUAAUGGUUUAUCUGAAAUCUUCCCAAUGAUUGUUAAAUAUUGAGAAAAAAAAUACUCCUUAACCGAUUAACCGAUUAACUGUUGUUUUAAUCUUUUUGCGUUUGUGAAAUACCAAUACUUGUUUUGUAAUUAAUCAAAUGGCAUUGUGUACAUAUUUAUGAUAUGUCUCCUACCCUUCCGGUUUCAAGGUUUAUGUAAAUCAGUCCCGAAUACUGUUUUUUUUCAGGUCUGAGUUCACCAGUAUAUUUGUACAGAAGCAUCUGUAACGCCAUAAAAUAAACUAUUUAGAUAUUCAUUUAGAGUAUGUACAGGUCAUAUUGAUUUUGAUCAAACUCAACUCAUCAUCAGCAAUAAAAGUUUAUAAAACGUUUA